UUUGAGCAAUUAAAUUGGAAAAACACUACAGCCAGUAUUUACGAGUAGAAAAAUUGAGGACGAUGUUAAGAUGCGCGAGGAAAAGCCAAGCGAAGCGUUUCUAUUUAUUCAAAUGUGGCCUGUACGAUGCAAGCUAUGUCGGCUACACUCGUCGGCACCUAUUUCAAAGUGUUGCCGAACAUCAGAGCUCAGCCAGAAUCGGAAACCACAUCAAGGAGGAACAUACCAUGGAGCCAAGGAACCUCAAAGACCCUUUUACCAUCUUAAAGAAAUGCAUGAGUAAACUUGACUGCCUGCUAUAUGAAAUGUUAUAUAUCAGAGAUCUCAAGCCAGUACUUAAAACUCAUUCACACUCAAUCAGAACAAAAUUGUUUCUUUAAUUAACAUAGUUUCCUAAUAGUCAUUUGUUCUUGUUUUCUCGUCACUUAACGUAUUUUGCCACCUUAUGCGUAUAAUUGUAGAUCUAUUUAUAAUGCAAAAACUAACCUGCAUAUUUACUUGACAAUGACAUUAGAUGAUGUCGAAACGUCAUUUAUUUCUUUCGCUAAUUUUUGCGUUGAAAAUCUUCCCUCAAGCCUUGCUUAUUCGAUCUCUUUUAAUUAUAGAAAAAAUGGUUAAAAAAACACAACAAACUAUGGGAGCGGUGAAGGAGUCCGAUUUCAGUUUUCUAACUCGUGAAAUCUCCAGGAAGCUGACAACUCAGUGAUCUGCCUUAGAAGAGGAAGAGAUGACAGAUGAUAUCUGUUGCUGUUAUUUCUGUUAUUCCUUCUAGAGCGGUUUCCAAUUGAGUGUCGUUAAACCAAAACCAAAGUAAUCACUCUAGCCAAUCACAAAGGACACAGACAAUCCAGUGAACCAAUCAAAACUCGAAGAAAUUACAUGUACCUGAUGCAAAGCGAGGGAAAACGUGAAGGAGUCAACACUGAUUUUGGUUUUACUUCUGACUGGAUGAAAAAGUGGCGCGAGUCCUUUAAGCCAAUCGUGUAGCGAAUCGAAGUAAGGCAAAACCAAUAACCUUUCGACACUCGAAUGAAAACCUCUCAAUGCAUGACUGUAACACAGUAUUUACAUAUGUUUUACGUAUAUAGCUAAAAACGCAGAGCCGCGAAAGAAGGCUAUCUCUGUGGUGGAAAUUGCUGGAAUAAUGAAAGACCUGGGAAGCGGUUGGGAAGAACUUGCAACAGAACUUGAGCUUGGAGAAGCAAACGUUCGCAAGAUAAGGAAAGAGAACAAAACAGACCGAGAAAAGGCCUAUUCUGUCCUCACGAUGUGGACGGACAAGGAAGGAGAAGACGCAACAUUGGAACGUCUGGUAGAUACCCUUGAGAAAAUAGCAGAAAGUAUCCCUGUGGAAAAGAUGCUUGAGUCAGAAGAAAGAGUCGAUGACCAAGGGGAAGUGAACAGGCUUUUGAAGAAAGCUAAGGAUGAAAUUUCAAUCGAGAAUGGUGAAAAAGAAGCCAGUGGGGAGAGCAGUGAGGAAGCUGUGCUAAAGGAACUAGGCAUUCAGUUGCCAGAAGGUAAAAUUGCAGAGAAAGAUGAAGAUGACCAAAAGGAAGUAGCCAAGCUACUGAAGAAAGUUCAUGAUGAAAUUUCGAUUGAAAAUCGCAGAAAAGAAGGAAGAAAAGAGACCAGUUUGGAGGCUGCCUCUAAGGAAGCUUCAAGCCGUGAAGAAAAGAACCCGAAGAAGAGAGGAAGCAAGAAAGAAGCUAAGCCUAUGACUAGCUAGAGUUCAGAGAUUAGUUCAAAGCACUUAAAGGGUUAGAGUUAGGGUUAGUGAACCAAAAAUUAGACAUUUUUUCAUUUGAGUUCAAUGUGUCCAUUAAGCAUGAAAUAAACAUAUUCUGAAGUUUCAAACGAAUUGGACGAAGCAUUGCGGAGAUAUCGGAAUAUUAAAAUCACUGCUUUUUAUCCUUCAUAAUCGUAGAGCGGUCGGGAAAUUGUCGGAUAAUUGUCGGAAAAAAACUUGUGACGUCACUGUUGGUGAGCUCAAGAAAUGCGGGAAAUUUGAAAUUGUUUUGGUUGGCCGUUUU